AUGCACUUGGUAGCUCCUCCCGUUGUCGUUCGUCGGGAUGAUGGUACUCGUACAGUGACGUCCACCAUUACCAGGAGUAGUUCCAAUGUCAGUGUGACCAGUACUGGGACUGGAGGAAGCAGCAUUACGACCAGGAAUCCAGCUUUGUCUCUCUGCAACAAGUUUGAUGCUCUGGAGAAGAAGUGGUCGCUGUACAACAAGUUUGGUGACUUGGAGAAGAAAUGGUCGUCAUUUAGUAGCUCGGUUGCUACCACCGUUGCCACCAGAACUUCCAAGAAAGCAGCACCCUUCCAUCAGCACAAUAACACUGCAACAAGAGUAGUCAAGAUUGAAGAUUUGGAGCGGAAAUGGUCACAGCUACACGCCUUUGCGACACAGGAAAAACAAAAGAUUCACCGACAUUUUCAUAACGAUCAUCAUCAUCAUAACAAUCAUCAACAUCAGUAUCAUCAAUCGACAGCAUCCGCAGCAGCAUCAUUGCCGCCGAAACCAGUGCCACGCACUAAACCAGCACCAACGCCACCAAUACCACGGGCAACAAGAACAACCAAUACAUACCAAGAUGAAACACGAGACGACCAAGAAGACGCGUGGGCCGAACCGGAAUAUUCAUCGAGUAGCAGACGAUCGUAUCAUACCAAUUGCACUCGACAACGGGAGCCAGAACCAAAACAAGAGUCUCCGUUUGAGAGAAUAGCAAAGCUGACCAGCAAGAAAAAGAAGAAAAAUGCCCCCACGUCACCCCCGCUCAUAUCCGACCUGUUGCGUUCCAGCACGCCUGUCAUCAUGACGAACCGAAAUAACCACAACAACAAUAUCAACAAGCUGUCGCUGGCACAAGAUAUCAUCAAGCCCAUUCGUAGUCUUGACAGCCCUGCGGAGAUGGAUGUGGACGGUAGUGCGAGCUCUGAUGGUCCGGAUACGGACAUUGACGCGGAUGCGGAUGAUGCCCCCACGGAUACCCACGACGACAGCUCGCAAUCCACAGAGUAUACUGCAUGUAGGGACGAGCUGUCUCACAGGGAAGAGUUGUCAAAACUCAAACACAGGGACGAGUCGAGCUGCAGGGACGACGAGUCCUGCUACAGGGACGGGUCGGGCUACAGGGACGAGUCGAGUUACAGGGACGAAUCGUCGAACCACAUUUCUGAUGAAGAAGAAGAGGAGGAAGUGGUAUUCGUACAAGACGGGGAAUUGCAAUCCGAAAGGGAUCAGGGUCAGGAGGUGCAGUUGGGAGGAGCGCAGCUUAUCGCAGAAACACAAGAGCAAAACCAAGGGGAAGAAGAAGAAACCUCGCAUUCCGCCUCGGAAAACAAUGAAGGAAAGAGUGCACAAGCAAACGCUGCGGAAGAGUCGUCGGUCCAAGAAGCAUCCGAAGAACAUCAAACUGAACAUGAUACAGCAUCUGAAGCUGACAAACCAACAUUUGUCAUUAAGCGACGAAGAGCAAAUCGGUCUCAACGACUGCGAGCGCUCACCAAGAUUCGACACUGGAGCGGUCUGGGCACCACGGUUACCAUGGCACGAUCCUUCUCUGAGGACAAAGCCGACGGGGUCAAGCACGAGCAAGAAGAGGGAGAGGAGGAAGUACAGUUUCACAGCCCUACGACCAAACCCGGCCCGGAACCUAUGACGCCAGACUCGAACAAACCCAAUCAAGGCUUUGAGCAAGUCGAUGCAAGAGACGACGAAGAUGCUACCUGUCUCAGCCAUCUCACCCGCAGAAUCCUCAUAUCCAUGCCAAAUCAAGAGCUGUGGCAGCAGUUCAAUGAAACGAGAUCAAUGCAGUUGCGACGGAAUGCAGGCCGACGCUUGGAGCCGGUAGGAGUUUCACCAAUCAGCAACGUCAACGAAGAAGCACAAGAAGACCAACGCGAGCAAGAAAUAGUUCUCUUCUCGACCAACAGGGACGGCAAGGAGCAACCACCCAGUAGUGGAGACUGUCUUGCCAUGGGACAUACAAGUGGGACCGACUUAUCACUCAAGUUUGGUGGGGAGGUUGAAACCGGGGAGAAAACCUGUGGGGUUGGGGCUCUCAAUGACCAACUAUCGAUACUGUGCGGAGCCGAAUGGUCAUCAAAUGAUUUGAUUCCGUUCCGCAGCAGCCAGCAGGAUUCAAUUCAACCCAUUCGCAAUACACUGUGCAUGCAGCUGUACAACGUUGCUGCCACUUUGAUCCAAUCCUGGUUUCGAAUGCGGCUUGCGAGAAGGAAGUUUCUGAGACGAAGGCAGGCGAACCGACGGUCGGCACAUGCUAGCGACACUCGACGACGAAGGGACCUGUUGUCACCUACGGUUGCUCGAAUCCAGUCGCUGCGCAAGUUCCAAGUAAUCGAACGUUCCCGCAAGAGCGCUGCUGCCAUCCAGUCCAUGUAUCGCGGUUGGGCUCAGAGAUCACGCUACAAGAAGAUCCAAACGUGUCUAGUAAAGAUACAACGUUGCGCUCGCAGGUUCUUGGGUAGACGAAGAAGACAUCAGGCAGCAACGAGAAUUCAACGGAUUUGGACACAAUAUACGAGAUCCAGUCAAAGCUUUCUAUCCCCCCAGUGUUCAUUCGAUGGCAGUGGGAUAUCAACCCUAUCUUGGGACAACUCUUUCCACGAUCAGUACGACGAUCCAGAGAUCCCAUUUCCUCUGCCUUCUCCAUCAUUCCCACUGGAGCUAUGUCCAGACCCUGGAAUGCCCAUUGCAGUUUCCCCUCUUCCCCCGCUCCAUCCUACCACACCACCUCCACUGCACCAUGGGUCCCCGUUCCCCCAAUUUCAAAGGUCUAUGCUACCCCCGAAAUCUCCUUCCCGCUCUCUUUCACCAGCCCCACGACGAGGAUUCGCACCUGCCCGCAGAUGUCGAAGCGGAAUUGGGUCGAAUUUGCUGAAGAGUCGGCAAACAAGAACUUCGCCAAUCAAGCAACGAUUGCAAUCACCUCAACCUCGUCAAAGCUCGCCAAGUCGAGCUAUUCACAAGUCGCCUGUGAGAGGUGGCGGGGGCGUCCAGUCGGUGUCAUCGCGGCGAAAGCCUCCUCUUGCAAACAUCAUUACCACUCCGACGACUAAAGAGUGCAUUGACCAAAGGGCCACAGGAAACAAAAAAUCGAGCAAGCGCAUGCCUAAGUCAUUUCGAGAGAGUACAAUUCAAGGUACACAAAGUGUUAGAUCUCGAGGGAGACAUCGAUCUCCGCAGCGACGACACGUGGCCAAGACCCAUCGUCGAUCUCGCUCAGCAGAGCGAUAUUACACUGGUGACAAAUUCACCGAUGGCAAUGUAUUGGCGUAUUCGAGGACUACACGGACCACGAGGGGACAGAUCAACGCAGCGAGUGCAAAGAUUCAAAGCGCUUGGAGAAUGUACCAGUCACAGCUCGACUAUGUCGCGCGGCUGUUACUCCGUUGCAAUGUCUUGGUCGAGAGCAGCAACGGUAGGGUAGCUCGAGACCGUCAACUUCGGAGGCGGGCACAUGUGCUUGCUGUUUCGAAGGCAAUCGGUGAGAUUGGCUGUGUUGGGGCAAGUGAAAAAUUCUCCACAGAGGGGGGCGAGGUCUUUGUGGAAUGGAACAAUAUUCUCUACAUCAGCUUCGAGCUAGCCGUUGGAGAGGUCGUGAACACAUUCGUAACGGUUCAUGCCGCGGGGACUCUUAUGCUCACAAGACGAACAGGAGCAAUGUCACGAAAGAAGCUUUUCGAGUUGGCUAUCAAGGCUUCUCUUCAUCAGCAUUUGUACGAGCAAGCGCAAAAAGAAACGCGAAUGUCUCUGUUUGAAAGGUCAUUAACAAGACGAAGGGCUCCAGCCGAACGCUACGCGGCCACAAUCAUACAAAAGGAAGUUAGGCGACGGAUGGCAGUGGUGCAUUAUUCGAGAUACAAGCUGUCUGCUGUGGUCGUCCAGACUGUGGUUCGUAUGUGGCUCGCAAACCGCAAGGCCAAGGCUGCUUUGGUGAUCCAGGCUUUCUUCAGGGGUGAGCUCGUCAGAGGCAUUGUCUUCCAGUACUGGGCUGCCAGAAUUGCCUUCAGGUAUUUUUGGAACUCGCACCGACAAAACCAGCUUGCAGCGGCUGAUAAAGACGCAACAAAGAUCCAAUCUCGUUGGAAAAGCUACCUCCGAAGAAAGCAAUUCUUGAAGCAGGUGUCAACCGCCAUUGUCAUUCAAUCGAAGGUGCGAUCAGUGUUGGGCCAACGAAGGUUCAGGUUGCUACGACGUGCGUCCAUAGCCCUCCAGUCAAUUUCUCGAAGAUUGAUUGUCUUGAGGAUCCUAAGAGAGGAGGAGAAAGCCGUUUUCAUCCAAAGAUGGUGGAGAUUCGAGAGCUACAACCAAAUCUUCCGAUCACUUAGUGCCACCACAAUCCAGAGCGCAUUUAGACGAUUCCGUACAUACCAGGGGUACAACUACUUCCACUAUUCCGUAUUGAAUGCCCAGAGAUUUUGGAGGGGUCGCCUCGUGAGAAAACGAAUGCAACUCGAAUGCAGGGGGGCCAUCCAAAUCCAGCGUGUUUGCCGCGGAAAGCUCUUGAGAUGGACGGUUGACAGGUGGAUGCUUGCGGCAACAGUUAUCUCAAGCUGGUUCCGUGGGAGUCAACAGAAACGAGCGUACGAUAGACAGAGACGCUACAUUCUCUUGACGAACAUUUCUGCAUCUCAGAUCCAGGCUGAAUGGCGCAGGUUCUGCGAAGAAACUCGAUAUCAUCAUUUGCUUGCUGCAGUAGAAAUGUUGCAAUUUCAGACAAGGAAAAUGAUUCAAGCCCGAGUGCGCAGUGAGAACAUGGCGGCUCUUUGCCUGCAAAAGGUCUGGAGACGUGCAUUCCAGAGGCGCCUGUUCAAAGAGAAUAGGCGCUGUAUAGUGGCAGCCCAGGCAAUAUAUCGUGCAAACCGUGAACUCGGCAAGUAUCAAGCGACUCUUGAAGCAACCCGUAAAAUCCAGGCGAUGUGGAGAUGCUUCUACACUCGCUUCUCCUACCACAUAUACAGAGGAGCAGCGAUCUACGUCCAGCGAACUUGGCGUGCAUACCGAUGGCUCGAAGACCGCAAGUGGGAAAUGGCCACCCGCAUACAGGCGUUUCUACGACAGGGUGUUGCUAGCCAUGAUCUCACCCGGAAACGAAAGUCUGUCAAAGCAAUUCAAGCAAUGUACAGGAGCUUUGUUGCAAGGUCUGAGGCUGGCAAGAGACUCAGAGCAAUAGUUCGCAUCCAAGCGUUUUGGAGAUCAGUGAGAUUGGAGGCGUACUUCACACUUUUCCGAAUCAUCGUCAUUCAGCUUCAAGCCUGCUCCAGAGGAUUUCUUCAAAGAAGAGAAUUCCUUCUCACUUGUGAGCGAGUUGUCACAAUGCAGAAAGUAGCUCGAUGUGUUUGCAGCAGGCGUGCCUUCCUCCAAAUCAGAGCAUCCGUGCUCAAGAUUCAGCGCUUUGCUAGAAUGCGACUUGGAAGAAAGCAUGCCUGUGCUACUCGAAUUGAGGCUACAUUCCGACGCUACAUUCAAAGAAAACAGUUUGAAUGUGCGCGACUUGCUGCUUUGACAAUCCAAACCUCUUGGAGAAUGUGUGUUGCACGAGGCGAGCUCAGGCUCAGUCUCGUUGGAGAGGAUACCUUGCAAGGAGAGCCUUUUUGA